ACCGCCCCCAUGGCCGCCCGUCGGAGCCCGAGGAGGAGGGGGCGCCGGGAGGCGCCGGACACCGCCCUGCUGGCCCCGCUUGCGCUGGGUUUGGGCCUGGCGCUGGCCUGCCUGGGCCUCCUGCUGGCCGCGGUCGGCCUAGGGAGCCGGGCGGCCCGGUCUACCCAGGAGCCUUCCCAGGGGGAGCUGGUGUCAGAGGAGGACGAGGACCCACCGGAAUUGAAUCACCAGGCAGAGGAAAGCGGGGGUCCCUUGCCUUUCCUGAACCAGCUUGCUCGGCCUCGCAGAAGUGCAGCUAAAAACCGGUCUUCUCGGGCGGCUCGGCCUCGCAGAGCGAUCGCAGCGCACUACGAAGUUCACCCACAGCCGGGACAGGAUGGCGCACAGGCGGGUGUGGACGGGACAGUGAGUGGCUGGGAGGAGGCCAAAAUCAACAGCUCCAACCCGCUCCGCUAUGACCGCCAGCGUGGGAAAUUCACAGUCACACGGGCUGGGCUCUACUACCUGUACUGUCAGGUGCACUUUGAUGAGGGGAAGGCCGUCUACCUGAAGCUGGAUUUGCUGGUGGAUAAAACCCUGGCCCUGAGAUGCCUGGAAGAGUUCUCGGCCACAGCCGCCAGCUCUCUGGGGCCCCAGCUCCGCCUCUGCCAAGUGUCUGGGCUGUUGCCUCUUCGGUCAGGUUCCUCCCUACAGAUCCGCACCCUCCCCAGGGCACAUCUCAAGGCUGCCCCCUUCCUCACCUACUUCGGACUUUUCCAGAUUCACUGA